AUGAGUUGCUUCAGCUGUACCAACGACUCAAAUGACACAAAGCACAUUCUGCUAUUUGACAGCUCAAACUCAAUUGCGUCUGAAACGAUGAACCUGGGAAUUUACGCUGUUGCUGCUUUAUCCGCGAUGAUCGCCACGACAACCAACGCUCAGCAGCUCUGCUCGGAUUCAGGCUGCGCGUAUGUCUAUUCGGAAUCAAAUUUGAAGACCAGUGAGUGCUGCCGAAAGCAAAGUAUGAGCUUUAACGAGUGCUGCAGGGUCAGUUGCAACUUUGUCUCCCCGUGCUGA